GCGGUGGAACAGCGGCGCGGGAGGCGGGUCGUGUGGGUGCCGCCAUCUUGUGUGAGGGCAGUCCGUACCGCUGAGCUGGCGUUGCUGGCCGCGCGGGGCCUGCCGGGAGAGAGCGACGGCAGGUGGGCGCUGCCGGGAGCCGGGGCUGGGGCGCGGGCCGCGAGCUGCCCCUGACGGAAAGAGCGGAACGUGGCUGCGGCACGGCGCCGUUCGCAGACGGACCUGAGGUCGCCGGAGCCUUUUGUCGGCCUUUCGUUCCGUGAGGAGGGCGGGCUGGUUUUUGCGGCGCGUCUGAGGUCGGCUUCCCUUCUGCGCUCGGAGCUGCCGCGGCCCCAUGGCGACCUACCUGGAGUUCAUUCAGCAGAACGAGGAGCGCGACGGCGUGCGCUUCAGCUGGAACGUGUGGCCGUCCAGCAGGCUGGAGGCUACGCGGAUGGUCGUGCCGCUGGCCUGCCUGCUGACCCCGCUGCGGGAGCGCCCGGACCUGCCGCCCGUGCAGUACGAGCCCGUGCUCUGCAGCAGGCCCACCUGCAAGGCCGUGCUCAACCCGCUCUGCCAAGUUGACUAUCGGGCCAAGCUCUGGGCUUGUAAUUUCUGUUUUCAGAGAAAUCAGUUUCCUCCAGCAUAUGCAGGCAUAUCUGAAGUCAACCAACCAGCUGAACUUAUGCCUCAGUUUUCAACAAUUGAAUAUAUAGUGCAGCGAGGCCCGCAGACGCCAUUGAUCUUCCUGUAUGUUGUCGACACGUGCUUGGAAGAGGAGGACUUGCAGGCACUGAAGGAGUCCCUCCAGAUGUCCCUAAGUCUGCUGCCUGCUGACGCUCUAGUGGGGCUUAUCACAUUUGGCAGAAUGAUCCAGGUUCACGAGCUGAGCUGUGAAGGGAUUUCUAAGAGCUACGUGUUUAGAGGCACUAAAGACCUGACAGCUAAGCAAAUACAGGAUAUGCUUGGUCUUUCAAGGCCAGCUGUCCCUAUUCAACAGGGAAGGCCUCUUCAAGCUCCAGAGCAGCCUGUUAUUUCAAGCAGGUUCCUGCAGCCAGUACAUAAGAUUGACAUGAAUUUAACAGAUCUCCUUGGAGAACUUCAAAGGGACCCGUGGCCAGUGACCCAGGGAAAGAGGCCUUUACGUUCCACUGGAGUAGCUCUUUCGAUUGCUGUUGGCUUGCUAGAGGGCACAUUUCCAAACACAGGAGCGAGAAUAAUGCUAUUUACAGGUGGUCCACCAACACAAGGACCAGGCAUGGUGGUGGGAGAUGAAUUGAAAACACCCAUUCGUUCUUGGCAUGACAUAGAGAAGGACAAUGCAAGGUUCAUGAAGAAGGCCACCAAGCACUACGAGACUCUGGCCAAUCGCACUGCCACCAAUGGUCAUUGCAUUGAUAUCUACGCCUGCGCCCUGGAUCAGACUGGAUUGCUAGAGAUGAAAUGUUGUGCAAACCUCACUGGAGGACACAUGGUGAUGGGAGAUUCCUUCAACACUUCUCUCUUCAAGCAGACCUUCCAGCGGGUAUUCAACAAAGGGCUCAAUGGGGAAUUUCGGAUGGCUUUUGGUGCAAAUUUGGAAGUGAAGACAUCCAGAGAGCUGAAAAUCGCAGGUGCUAUUGGACCAUGUGUAUCCCUGAACGUGAAAGGACCAUGUGUUUCUGAAAAUGAACUUGGAAUUGGAGGAACAUCUCAGUGGAAAAUUUGUGGUCUGGAUCCCUGCACAACUCUGGCCAUUUACUUUGAAGUGGUAAAUCAGCACAAUGCACCAAUACCUCAGGGAGGCCGAGGGGCAGUGCAGUUUGUCACUCAGUAUCAACACUCCAGCACACAGAAACGCAUUCGUGUCACCACCAUAGCUAGAAAUUGGGCAGAUGCACAAAGUCAGCUCCAGCACAUAGAAGCUGCGUUUGACCAGGAAGCAGCUGCUGUGCUGAUGGCACGGCUGGGAGUGUACAGAGCUGAGUCUGAGGAGGGACCUGAUGUACUGCGAUGGCUGGACAGACAGCUGAUCAGACUGUGUCAGAAAUUUGGACAGUACAACAAAGAUGAUCCCAACUCCUUCAGAUUGUCGGAAUCAUUUUCUUUGUAUCCCCAGUUCAUGUUCCAUUUGCGACGCUCCCCAUUCCUGCAGGUCUUCAAUAACAGUCCAGAUGAAUCUUCUUAUUACCGUCACCACUUUGCUAGGCAAGAUCUCACCCAGUCUCUCAUUAUGAUUCAGCCCAUCCUUUAUGCUUAUUCUUUCCAUGGACCUCCUGAGCCAGUGCUUUUGGACAGCAGCAGCAUUCUUCCUGACAGAAUCCUACUGAUGGAUACUUUCUUCCAGAUAGUAAUCUACCUUGGUGAGACUAUUGCACAGUGGCAAAAAGCUGGUUACCAAGACAUGCCUGAAUAUGAAAACUUCAAGCAUCUACUGCAAGCUCCACUGGAUGAUGCCCAGGAAAUCUUGCAGACCAGAUUCCCAAUGCCACGUUAUGUCCACACUGAACAUGGGGGCAGCCAGGCUCGAUUCCUGUUGUCUAAAGUGAACCCUUCUCAGACCCACAAUAACCUCUAUGCAUGGGGACAGGAAUCAGGAGCCCCCAUCCUGACGGAUGAUGUCAGUCUGCAGGUGUUCAUGGACCACCUCAAGAAGCUGGCGGUCUCCAGUGCAGCGUGACUUGAUUGAACCCAGCGGCACAAACGGGAGAGUGAUGUACAUUGCGGGGAUGAUAGAAGCGGAACGAUUUAUUUACAUUUCCUUUUAGACUAAGGUUUUUAAGUAUUAAGUGAAAUAAAUAUUUGGGGAGAGCUUA